CUCUUCUUUUUGAGGGGUCUCUCUCUCUCUGCCAAUUCCGCCGUCGCGGCCGCAGCUCACGUACUCCACCAGCGAUUCCCUUCUUCGCCGGCGGUUCUGUGUCCCUCGUAUCGUCACCACGUUUUCCGCCUCCAGCUCUCUCUCCGUGGGUGGGGAGGAAUAAGAAACCCUGAUUUGAUUGUUUCAGCUCCUCGGAGAGAUGACAAUGCACGGUGAAGAUCAUGUUCCCUCUCCCACUGCUCAGUUGGUUGGGAAUGCUUUUGUUGAGCAGUACUACAACAUGCUGUCGAAAUCACCAGAUGUGGUUCAUAAGUUUUAUCAGGACUCCAGUGUCAUGAGCAGGCCUGUUGCUGAUGGCCUGAUGUCUUCUGUCUCAACUAUGGCUGGGAUUAAUCAGAUGAUCCUUUCUCUGGAGUACAAAGACUGCGAAGUUCAGAUACUGACAGCUGAUUCUCAGAAAUCAUUUGGGGAUGGAGUCAUUGUUCUUGUGACUGGUUUCCUCACUGCAAAGGACGGGCUGAAGCGAAAAUUCACCCAAUUAUUCUUUUUGGCUCCACAAGAUACUGCUGGAUUCUUCGUCUUGAACGAUGUUCUGAGGUAUGUGGAUGAGGAAGAAUUCCCAGCAGUGAAGGGGUCUGAUGCUGCUGCUGAUACUGCCCCUGUCGCUGCUCCUGAACCCGAGGCAACUCCUUUCACCAAUCAUGUGGUGGUAGAGCAAGAUGCUACUGCUGUUGCUGCUGAAGAUACCAUCCAAGCCAAUAAUGAAGUUAGCCUUCAGCUGGACAAUGGUGACGUUGCUAUUGCAGAGAAAGAUUACGUACCAAAUCAUAUAGCUGAGGCAGCAGAAGUUGAUGCUGCUAUUCCAAAGGCAGAAGUUGCACCCGAGGAAGAAAAUCAUCACCAGCAGGCUGAGACAGUUGCUACCCCUAUUGCUCUGGAGGAUGCUCCCAAGAAGUCUUAUGCUUCAAUUGCUAACCAAUUGAACUACAAGCCCCAUCCAUUCCAGCAGAGGAUUGCACCACCAAAACCUGUGGUCCAUGCUCCUGUUGCUGCUGCAGCUGCAGCACCAGCAGCUGCACCAACAGAAGCUUCUGCUCCUCGCCCUGCAAGAAACAACUCCGUUGAAAGGAGCAACAAUUUCACAGGGAAGGGUUACUCUAUCUUUGUUGCCAAUCUGCCCAUGGAUGCAACUCCUGAACAACUCUACGAGAUUUUCCAGAAAUUCGGGCCCAUCAAGCAAGGUGGUGUCCAAGUCAGAAGCUACAAGCAAGAGAGGAACUGUUUUGGGUUUGUGGAUUUUGAAUCAGCUAGCUCCAUGGAGAAAGCCCUUGAGGCUGUGACCAUCAUGAUUGGCAACCGGGAAGCGCAUAUCGAGAAGAAGAAAGCUGCUGGGGAAGGCGGGAAGUUCACUCCGAGAAGGGGUGGUUUCAGGAACGAUGGCUUCAGGGGCCGCGGAGGGAGCUUUGUUGGAGGGCGUGGUGGAGGCUAUGGGAAGGGUGAGUUUGAGAACCAGCAGGGCGGUGGCAAUUUCCCAGGUCAGGCGAGAGGUGGUGGUGGACGCAACGGCGAGGUGAAAGUUUAUCAGAACGGAGGUGAGAGAGGAUCCCGUCAAGCUAGACCAGCGCCACCAGCAGCGGUCGCUGCCCCCGCCGCCGUCGAAGGUGGAAAGAAUUAGACCUUUCAGGUGGUUGUUUUUCGUUCCUUGUUAUCUCCUCAAAUUUUGUUUACUCUUUUUUUUUCCGUUAAUUUUUGUUCUUUUUUUUUUGGCCUCUCCUUACAUUAUUAUAGGGAAAACCAUUAUUAGAAGACUUGAUUUGCGGCAUUUUGUAGGGUUGUUUGGUUUACUUUGUUAAAAUAGAGGUCUUUGUUACUUUGUGUCUGGAAUUAGCGUUUGGCUGUUUGGUAGGGGUUGGGUUCUCUUUUCUUAAUUUUCUUUUUUUGUGGCUGAAGUUAUAAGGUCAUUCAUCUCAACUGGAGAUGUACUAUGAUAAGUCUAUCGUCGUCGGUUUCCAAUUCUGCAUCUUAAAACUCCUUUUUUCCCCUUUGAAUGUGGAAUCGUUUUAUUGCAAAGCCUAGGUGAGGAAAUCCCCCACCUCGUUAAGGUUCAAUUUCAAUACAUAUAUUUUUAGGUAGUUAUCAUAAACGGUCACAAAUCUAUUCAUUUUGUACAAAAUGGUAAUAAUUCUUUAAUUUUGCACCUUUUGAUAAUAAAGGUUUGAGCGAAACAAAAUAGUAAAUUCGUUCAAUUCUUCCCAAAACUUCGUCCCAGAUUGCCUUGUCAGCAUGACUCGUCAGUAUAAAUAAUAAUAAAAAAAAUGGCUAAUCAACCCACUUAACCUGGCAAUCCAACCGGCCAGAUUAAACCCUUUUACCCAUCCAGUCUCGAAUUGGACUGUUACCCCCAAAUCAGGCUACGUGGGAGAAAGCUA